AUGGAAUAUGGAGAUUUUGGUGAUGACAGUGCAUUAGAGUUCUGCAGAACGCAAUUUGAUAAAGAUCUUGAUGCUGGAUAUACAAAUGUAGGUAGUCAACUACACAAAAAGAUGCUAUCAGUUAUAUACUUAGAAGAACUUGUAAGACCGGCUGCCGUAAAAUUUGCCAAAGAAGAAAUUCUAUUUGGGGGUCAACUUUUCGAUGAUUUUAAAGUACAUGACAAAUUUGAAACUAGAUUUAUUUGUGAAAUUGAAGCAGAUCCACCUGGUGUGUUUACUAAUGUGAAGAGUAUUCUUAAUGAUUUGGGGGUAAGAAAUGCCACUGAACAAGAUUUUAAUGAUAUUAAAUACUUAAGUCAAUGUUUCUCUAGAAGAGCUGCUAUCCUGAAUUCUUGUAUGACUACAGUUCGGAUACGUAAAAUUGGUUAUCCAAACAUUACUGUUGGAGUCGAUGAAACGCUGUACAAAACUCACCCUCACAUUCAUAGUAUUUUGAUCUCACAGCUGGAAGUAUUUUUAAAACCGGAUCCAUACAAAUUUAAAAUUAUGCUAUCUGAAGAAGGUAGCAGUGUAAUUGGUGCAGCUAUAAUGGCUGCUGUUGUAGAUAAAAAAACAGAACUAGUAUUUGAGCAUAUGCUCAAAGAACCACCUGUUUAUUUUGUGCUACCUAUUUCUGAAACAGAGGUGCAACUUAUGGAUAUACCCAAAAAGUCAACUGAACCUUCAACAUCCGCAUCUAUACCUGCUUCAGAAGUCUCAUCUCUGCCUGUGCUCGAAGUACCAGCUCAACCGUCAUCAAUUUCUGCUCUUAAUGCAGACACAUCUUUAAUCGAAAUACUUGAUACGAACAUUGCAGGUCCAUCCCAAGAACUGUUUGUAGAAGAACCAAUUGAAAAUGUCUCUGCCGAUCUGCAGCAUAGCCCAUUUCACUCAUAA